UGACGGCGCCGGCUCCGCCUUCAGGCCCGCCCACUACCCGCCCCUCAGAAGACUCCGCCACUGGGUGGGCCCCGCCCCAAGGCCGCGCCGUACGCAUGCGCCAAUGGCCGGUGCCCGCUCCUCGGCCGGCUCCCGCUGAGGCCCCGCCCCGUGUCGCAGCCACGGUGCGGGCUCCGCCCACAGGCCGCAGCCCCGGUUGCUAGGCAACGGAGACCUCCACCCGUCCCAGCUCAGGGCUUCCCAGGGCUGCUGCCCAGAACUUGGCUCCGUGCGCCUUCGCCGCCCGGGCCCCUUAAAGCCCGCGGGACCGAGUCUGGGAGACCCCUGCACGCCGCUUCUGCGCGGAGCCCCGGGCCCUUUAAGGAAAGUAGGUCCGGUCCGCGGGUGCGGUCGGGCAUGCGUGUGGGGCGUUCUCCGCGGCCGUGUCCCUCCGCGGCGGCUGCGAGGCGGUGCGGUGGCUGAGGCGGCUGAGGCGGCCGAGGCGGCCAGAAGUUUCCAAGGGUCACUUGUGUCUCGUCCGUGGGAAGACCGGGGGAGCCCAGAAGGCCUUGGUGUGGAAUUCUGAGAGCUGAUUCCUGCCUUGUCUUCUCCACUGUCCCUGGAAGAAUCCGAGAAGAGCAGAGCGGAGGGAGCUCCAGACACGGUCUGCGGGAGAGCUGUGGGGCUUGGUGAGUGUUUCGUGGCCUCUCGGGUUGGUCAGCACCCCCAGCCAGCUGGCCCAGGACCCCUCUACAGAAGCCCAGGAGAGCAGGCGUCACCAAGAUGUCCAACCCCUUCCUGAAGCAAGUCUUCAACAAGGACAAGACAUUCCGCCCCAAGCGCAAGUUUGAGCCGGGCACCCAGCGCUUCGAGCUGCACAAGAAGGCGCAGGCGUCGCUGAACGCCGGGCUGGACCUGCGGCUGGCCGUGCAGCUGCCCCCGGGCGAGGACCUGAACGACUGGGUGGCUGUUCACGUGGUGGACUUCUUUAACCGCGUCAACCUCAUCUACGGCACCAUCAGCGACGGCUGCACGGAGCAGUCCUGCCCCGUCAUGUCGGGGGGCCCCAAGUACGAGUACCGCUGGCAGGAUGAGCAUAAGUUCCGGAAGCCCACGGCACUCUCCGCGCCCAGGUACAUGGACCUGCUGAUGGACUGGAUCGAGGCGCAGAUCAACAAUGAGGACCUCUUCCCCACCAACGUUGGCACUCCGUUUCCCAAGAACUUCCUGCAGACGGUGCGGAAGAUCCUGUCGCGGCUGUUCCGCGUGUUCGUGCACGUCUACAUCCACCACUUUGACCGCAUCGCGCAGAUGGGCUCCGAGGCCCACGUGAACACCUGCUACAAGCACUUCUACUAUUUCGUCAAGGAGUUCGGCCUCAUCGACACCAAGGAGCUGGAGCCACUGAAAGAAAUGACCGCCCGGAUGUGCCACUGAGAGCCCCGCGGGUCUCCCGGUGCCCGAACUGCUGCUGGGGCCUCGGAGACUUGGAGGAGGACGCUCUGGAACCAUCAUCCCGCUUCUCUCCGGCCUGAGCAUCUCAGGGAGACCAGGGGCCGGGCCGCUGAGCAGGUGUUGGUCCUCAGGAGCUCCAACCCCGGACGGCAGAUGCCUUCCUCACCGUCUCGAGCCUCAGUCUCCCGUCUGGGACUAAACGUGAACUCUGUAAUUCUAUGUGUUACUAGCAACCGGAAAAGCCCACUGUGUUUUUAUACCACUUCCGCUUUCCAGGAGGCUGGAUGGCUUCCAGGGCCACUCCUUGUCCUGGGUGGCUCCCAGGCUCCUGGAACUUCUGCCUCCACCUCGCUGGGGAGCCCCCAGGGCUGCUGUGGCCACAGCCCUGCCUGGGCCUGUCUCUCAAGGGCACCCAGCUUGCUCGGCCUCCUACAUGUCUCCCGUUGGGGAGGCAAGAGGCUGAGGGGCUUCCGAGCCCCUGAGAGCGGACAUCUCCUCCCGCAGGCCUUUACUCCGCACUCCCCACUGGCAGCCGCUGGUGUCUCUUCACACAGAGGCACAACCUGGACCCAGGCAGCCUCUUUCCUCCCUCCCCAGUCUCUUCCAUUUUUCUACAGAUUUUUUUUUUUUUUUGACAUACUAGAGACGGGGGUCUUGCUGAACUCCUGGCCUCCAGUGAUCCUCCGUCCUCGGCCUCCCAAAGUGCUGGAAUCACAGGCGUGAGCCACUGCACCCAGCCCUCUCUCUUCCUCAAUGCACUCUGCUUCCUCCGUUCUUCCGAAACAUUCAGCUGACUGUAUCCAGGGCUUCCUGGACUCCUGGGACCCCACGUCCUGCACCCCGGCUUCUGACUCAUUUCCUAAGGGCCCCUUUGUGUAUCAUAAAGGGUUUGAUUUUUAUAGUCACAUUUACAACCAUCUUGAGAUUUUUAUUUUUUUUGAACGGAGUCUCCCACUGUCGCCCAGACUGGAGUCCAGUGGCACGAUCUCGGCUCAUUGCAUCCUCCACCUCCUGGGUUCAAGUGAUUCUCCUGCUUCAGCCUCCCAAGUAGCUGGGAUUACAGGUGUGUGCCACCACGCCCAGGAAAUUAUUGUAGUUUUAGUAGAGACAAGAUUUCACCAUGUUGGCCAGGCUGGUCUCAAACUCCUGACGUCAGGUGAUCCGCCCACCUUGGCCUCCAAAAGUGCUGGGAUUACAGGCAUGAGCCACUGCACCCAGCCUAACCAGGCUGGAGUGCAGUGGUGGGAUCUCGGCUCUGAGCAAGCUCCACCUCCCAUAUUCACGCCAUUCUCCUGCCUCAGCCUCCCCAGCAGCUGGGACUACAGGCACCCACCAUCACGCCCGGCUAAUUUUUUUGUAUUUUAGUAGAGACAGGGUUUCACUGUGUUAGCCAGGAUGGUCUUGAUCUCCUGACUUUGUGAUCCACCAGCCUCAGCCUCCCAAAGUGCUGGGAUUACAGGUGUGAGCCACUGUGCCCGGCCAAGAAUUUUUUUAUCAAUAACAUAGUGAACUCUGCCUCUUCGGAAUGAUGUCCACUUUGCUUAUGAUCAACCCAAGCAGGACUCUUCUCUCCCUGGACGCCUCUCCCCUGGUCUGGAAUCUUCCAGUUCUGCCAGAAUUGGCCUUUCCCAGAUGCUGCAAACUUCCAGUUGAACCCCUUUUUCUGUGUGGCCCCUGGGGCUGCGAGACCAAAAUCCAUGAGUUCUGUGUCCCCUAGACCUUUGGAAGGUGAGAGCAGGGCCCUGAGCAAAGGCAGCCACCUCCUCUCCCUGGCUGAACCCCUGCCACCCUACUCCUCACCAGAAUUGUCAGUGGCCUUUCACCACGGUGGCCCUGCACUGAGCCCUGCACUGUCCCAGACCACACAGAAGUCUGGUCACCUCUGGGUGCCUGGAAUGGUCACCGAAGAGAAGCACGCUAUCCCCAUCUCUCCUGGCUUCUGCCAGAAAGUCGAACAAGUGCAAUUAACACACUGUCACUGCCAAAGCCUGAAACUCCCAGGACUUGUCCUCGAUCCUUCCAGAAACCACCAGGUCCGGCACUUGGAGCCCCCAGGAGAGGGACCUCCCAGCUGAGCCCUCAAAGAACUCCAUGAAAUCAGGAACUGCUUGAUGAAAUGUAUCUCCUUGUACCUGCAAGAUGAAGCCCAAACACCCACACCUCUGUCUCCCCCAGGGCUCGGGAUGUCUCCAGCAGCCUGGCCACGUAGCUUCCCAGGUGGGCUCGGGGAGGUGGGAGCAGGGACCAUCUCUGUCCCCUCCACCCUCAUUCCAUCCACCCCGGAGACCACCCUCCCCCAGCCAGAUAUGGAAUAAAACUACAGACGCAGACGUCGGAAUAAA